AUAUCGUAGAUUUAAAGUCAUCAUGUUGCCAAUUAGCAAAGGAUAUCAUUAUGUUUAUAAGGUUGUUGUUUUCCCUAAAGCUAAAUGGGAAAAAACUAAAGUUUAUGAUGUUUAUGUUACUCCUUUACAUAAGGAAAAAUGCUUCAAAAUUGUUUCUAUUCCUCGUCAUGCUCCCAGUCAUUGGAAAGAGGCUACU